UUAUAUAUAAACUAAAUAUUUAAAGUACAUUAUAUUUUCAAUAUUAUUAUAAUGCCUCCAAAAAAAAAAGAAGAAUAUAAAUAAAUUAUACCUUUAUAUUAGCAAGAUACUUAAACGAUUUUUUGGAAAUUUAAAAAAUUUUCAUCUGAAGAAUGUUAAAAUAUUGAUAGUUUUUUUACAAAUUACACUAAAGAAAUAAAUGUAAAAAUGACUGAAAAUAUAUAUGAUAACAUGUAAUUUUUAAGCAAAAGUAUUGGAAAUCAACUACAUCCUUUGUUUAUAAAAAAUAAAACAAACUAAUAAGAAAAUCUAUCAUAAUAAUAAACAUAAUUAGAAAAGGAAAAAGAUUAAACAUAAAAAACUUUAAAAAAAGAAGAAAUAUAAAAAUAAAUGUAAUAACCAACGUAAAAUUUAGAGUUGAUUAAUUUUUAAGAAGAGCUUCCUCCUUAUUUUUAAAUUUGUAAUGUAAAAAUAGAUUAUGAAACAAUGAAAAUGUUUUUAGUUUCUAUAUAAUCUACAAAUAUAAUUACUUUAAAAUUUUCAAAUAAUGAUUUUGAUGAAGAGACAUUAAGAUUAUUAAUUUAAUUUCUUAAUUCAGAAAAUAAAAUAAAAAGAUUAUUUUUUGAAUGGAAUAGCAUUGAAAAUUUAAAUUAUAGGAAAGAGUUUUUUGAAAAUAUUGGGAAACUUAAUAAAAUCGAAAAUCUUAUUUUAAGAUGUAAUAAUUUAAAAGGCGAAUUAACUUAGGUAAUUGCUUAAAGUAUAGAAAAUAAUGAAUAAAGUUCUUUGAAAUUUAUAGAUUUAUAUGAUAAUUAAAUUGAUGAUUUAGGUUUUAUUUCUUUAGGAAAUUUAAUUUUUAAAAAUAGAAGUUUAGAAGUAAUAGGAUUAGCUAAAAAUAAUAUAACAAAUGUAAAUUAAUUAGAAAAAAUAUUUUAUAGUAUUGGAAUGCAUCCUUUGACUGAAUAAGAAUAUAUUGAAUAUAGAAACAAAGAAUAAGAAAGAGAUUAGAUAAUAGAAAGAAAUAAAAAAUUAAAAGGAAAAAAAAUAGCUGAUGCCGAAAAAGUGCCAAUACUUGAGCCUAUAUAGUAAAUAUCAGACAAUAGUAUUAAAAUCUUUUAAUAAAAUAUAUAUUAUUAAAAAAAGUAUGGGUCUAUGUAAGAAAUAAUAAAUUAAACAUGCUUAAUUUAUCAUUAAAUUAGAUAGAAGGAGAUGAUAAUGUUUAAAAAUUUAAUCAAUUUCUUUCUAAAACAUAAGAGAAGUUCGAAUUAAUAUUGUUGUAUAAUCUAUUUACAAUGAAAUAAAAAGAA